AUGGGCAGCAGCCUCCGCACACUGGAACCCAAGAAACAACCUAAAGUUCUGGUACGACCGAAACCACGUCCCACCAUCCCUGAAGAAUUCGCUAAAUCGGACUCUGUUUAUUACCGAAAACCUGGAAAUGAAUCUGUCAUUGGAGCUGGCACAUAUGGAAAGGUCUUCAAAGCAAUCCACGUGUAUACCCAGAGAAAGGUGGCAUUGAAGAAGAUACGAAUGGAGGGCGAGAAAGAUGGGUUCCCUGUCACAGCUGUGCGCGAGAUCAAGUUGCUGCAACACCUCCGCAACGAUAAUGUUGUGAGCUUGCUGGAAGUCAUGGUAGAGAGGAAUGAGUGCUUUAUGGUGUUUGAAUAUCUCUCCCAUGACCUUACCGGUCUCAUCAAUCACCCGACUUUCACACUUACGGCAGCCCAUAAAAAGGACCUGGCAAAGCAGAUGUUCGAAGGAUUGAGCUACCUUCACCAUCGUGGAGUGCUGCAUCGCGACAUCAAGGCCGCCAAUAUCCUUAUAAGCAACCGUGGACAGCUAAAAUACGCCGACUUCGGUUUGGCCAGAUUCUUUUCAAAGAGUCGACAACUUGAUUACACAAAUCGUGUUAUCACCAUAUGGUACCGACCGCCGGAGCUUCUCCUGGGUGAAACCAGGUACGGACCAGCAGUUGACGUUUGGAGUGCGGCUUGCGUGUACGUUGAGAUGUUCACAAAGAAAGCCGUUUUCCCCGGCGAGGGGGGCGAGAUCAGCCAAAUGGAGAAGCUCUACAAUUGCCUUGGGACCCCGACACGAGCAGAGUGGCCAGACAUUGUUGAGAUGCCUUGGUUUGAGUUGAUGCGGCCGACUGAGCGAAAGAGAAGGGUCUUUGAGGAGGUGUAUGGGCAAAUAUUAACCCCAGCAGCUCUAGACUUGGUUUCUCAAAUAUUCCGUUACGACCCGACUGCACGGCCAAAUGCUGAGGAGAUACUUGCACAUCCGUACUUUGCGGAGGAGGAGCCUAGGCCUCAACAAGCCAUUGAGUAA